AUGAAACCCUCGACGCUGGUGUGGUCGCUUCUCUCCCUCGUUUCGAUUCCCUCGACUUUCGCUGCCGCUCCGGAGGAAUCUGAGCAUCGUCUGGUAAAAAGAGCCGGCUCGGAGAAAGAUGCGAAAUCUAGUUCGACUACCUUCAAUGGCGUUGAAGUCCCUCCGAUGAGGGAGUUGACACCGGACACCUUCCAGGAUUUAACGAAGGAGGGUUACUGGUUUGUCAAGCAUUUCUCCCCAUCUUGUCCUCAUUGUACCAAGAUCGCCCCAACGUGGCAAACGCUCUACGAAUUUUACUAUGCAUCAAAUCCGUUAUCGUCGUCCUCGUCCAAAAGCCCCGACACGCAGUCCUUGAAUUCCUUCCAGAAAUUCUAUGAUUUCCACUUCGCAUCUAUGAACUGUCUUGCCUACGCGGAUCUGUGCUCGGAAUUGGAUGUUGGAUACUUCCCCUUGUUUGCGCUGUACCACAAUGGAAAGUUGAUGGAAAAGUAUGAGGGCCCGAAGGACAUGAAGGGCAUGAGUGAGUUCGUGGAGGAGAAACUGGAACUGAUCCGGCCGGGGUCUCGACCUGUGGAAGGCGUCAAACUUCCCGAACCCGGCGAGAAGAAGGUCAAUCCUAAGGUUGAGCCUGAAGUUCCAGCCGCCAAGGACAAGAACCCAGAGGGCGGUGCUAAGGCUGGCGAGAAGCACAAUGAAAAGGCUGCACAGUUGGCCUCUUCGGGCAAGAAGAAAUCGAAGCCGAAGUCGGCGGCUCCUGCGAACCCUCAAGGCAUCUCGGUCCCGCUUAGCGCCGAAAGCUUCCAGAAGCUGGUUACGACUACGCAGGACCCCUGGUUCAUCAAGUUCUACGCUCCAUGGUGUGGCCACUGUCAGGCGCUCGCACCCGCGUGGGGCCAGAUGGGUAGAGAAAUGCAGCAUGUUCUCAAUAUUGGUGAAGUGAACUGCGAUGCGGAGCCCAGACUUUGCAAGGAUGCUCAUGUGAACGCUUUCCCGACCAUGUACUUUUUCCGCGGAGGUGAGAGGGUCGAGUACAAUGGACUGCGUGGCCUCGGUGACUUGGUGAACUACGCCAAGAGAGCGGUCGACAUCGGAUCCGGCGUCCAGGACGUUGAUGCGGUCGCUUUCCAGGAGUUGGAGGAAAAGGAGGAAGUCAUCUUCCUUUACUUCUACGACCACGCAACAACAUCGGAAGACUUUGAAGCUCUGGAACGCCUGACCCUCAGCUUGAUUGGACAUGCACGGAUCGUGAAGACCAAUAGUGCUGCUCUGGCCGAGAGAUUCAAGAUUUCGACCUGGCCUCGUCUUCUCGUGGUGCGAGAUGGCCGCCCGAAUUAUUACAAUGUCUUGGCUCCGAAAGACAUGAGAGACUUCCGACAGGUUCUCAACUGGAUGAGUAGCGUAUGGCUGCCCAUUGUCCCAGAACUGACUGCAUCGAACGCCCGUGAAGUCAUGGCCGGCAAGUACGUGGUGCUUGGUAUCCUGAGCCGGAGACGCUCCGACGACUUCAUCCUUGGCAAGAGGGAGCUGAAAAACGCAGCCCACGAAUGGAUGGAUAAGCAGACUCAAUUGUUCCAAUUGGAACGAAAGGAACUUCGGGAUACAAAACAGCUUCGUAUUGAGGAGGCUGACGACCGUGAGGACCAACGUGCGUUGCGAGCCGCGAAGAACAUGCGUAUCACCAUCCGUGAGGAUGACAAGAAGCAAGUCGGGUUCGCCUGGGUCGAUGGUGACUUCUGGGAGCGUUGGCUGCGGACUACGUAUGGAAUUGACGUGGAGAAUGGCGAACGAGUUAUCAUCAAUGACGAAGAUAACCGACGCUACUGGGACACCUCAUCCAGUGGAGCUACCAUCAUGGCCUCGCGUACUUCGAUUCUUGAGACCAUCCCUCUUGUCAUUGCCAACCCACCGAAGCUUACCCCCAAGUCCACCGUUGGCACCGUGGAGUCUGCAUUCUUCUCUACGCGCUCCUUUAUCACCAACCACCCCAUUAUAUUCGUCAUAUUGUUGACCAUAUCCAUCGCCGCGAUAAUGUUCGCGGCCCGAGGAAGGGGGUCACGGCGCGGUUCUCGGGGUGGAAUCAUUGGUGCCGGUGGUAGCAGCGGUGGUGGAUUCUUCCAACUUGAAGGAAAGGAAGGUCUGCUCAAUGGGGGCACUACCGGAAAAGUCGAUUAA